AUGCAAAAAGAUAAAUAUUUACAGAUAUUUAAUAAUUGUGUAUUAUCUAAAUUAAUAUUCAAACAUGUCAAGAGUAUAAAUAAUGUGAUUAGUAAGAAUAGUAGUGCUAGAUUUAGAUGGUCUGAUCUAAUAAAACUUCCAUAUGUAAUGGCUGGUAACUUCUAUUUAAAUGAACUUAAACAAUACUAUGCCGAUCAUUCAAUCUAUCCUCAUUUGGAUGAAACAUUCAGAGCGAUAUUCAAGAGUAAAAACCUUGAGGCAUUGAAAUAUUUGGUCUCGUUGGUCAAACCGAUAUCAAGAACGAAAUAUAUCACUGCUAAUUUCGAUAGUAUCCUGUGUAGUGCUGCAGAGUAUGGUAGUUUGGAAAUAGUUAAAUACAUAUGUACAGAGUUUGAAAAGAAGCGGUUGAACUACUAUCAAGCAUUAAUCAAAGCACCAUUCUCUGGCGAUAUCGAGAUCGUAAAGUACUUGAAUGAACAGCUGGAUGCUUGUGAUCAAUCAAGGAUAUGUAGAGACUAUGAUUACGAAACAGGUGUAGUUUUCGAUAGUGCUGCCAAGAUGGGUCGAAUCGACAUGAUUGAAUUGCUAACGGAGAGCAGAUCGGAUGACAGAGAGAACUGUAAUAUGUAUUACGGUGCUAUUCAAGGUGGACAUCUGCAUGUCGUUCAAUAUCUGAUUGAUAUCGGUGAACCUACAAGUCUAUUUCCCAACAUGGAUUAUGGUACAUUGUUUGACUACUCAAUCUAUUGCAAUCAAUUGGAAAUCGCAAAACUGUUAUACCAUAACAAUAUGAGACAAUCAAGUAGGACCGCAAUUGAUUUUGCUGCAUCACAUGGAAAUAUCGAAUGUUUGAAAUGGUUGCAUGAAAAUACAACUGUCAGUGCCAGUGUGAAAGCAAUGGACAAUGCAGCAUAUAACAACAACUUAGAGGUUCUUAAGUGGUUACAACAACACAGAACUGAAGGCUGCAGUCAAUCGGUUUUGGAUGUUGUUUGUACCAAAGGCUAUACAGAUGUUACCAGAUGGCUCCAUGAGAAUCAACCUAUUGUAUAUCAAUGUUCUCAACCAAUCUAUUGGGCUAUUACUAAUGGACACUUGGAACUCUCUAAAUGGUUGUUAGAGAAUCGAACUGAACGACCAACUACAUCGGCAAUAGAUUUUGCCGCCCCGUCAACGGACACAUGGAUUGCAUUAAAUGGCUGA